GGGCGUGCCGCUACCCGUCCGCUCUUCAGCAGCCGCUCGGGGUGGUGGAAGAGCCAGUGAGGAGAGCGCGACGGCGGCGGAGCCAUCGGUGGGCGACGCGGGGGAAAGCGAGGCCCAAGCCUGUGCAUCGAGGUGCUGAGGCGACUCAGAGCAGAGAAGGAAUCUGAGUGGUGUGAAGUUAUAUUUACUCAGGGAAAGUUUCUGGGAAGAGUCACCACCUUCCGAACCACCUCAGCCAUCCUCAGCCUUUGAGACCAGCCAACACUGUUUUUUUGUUGUUCUUGUUUUUAACCUUAGCUCCUUUUACUGAACAACCAUGAGCUCCCAGAUUCGUCAGAAUUAUUCCACCGAGGUGGAGGCUGAGGUCAACCGCCUGGCCAACCUGCACCUGCAGGCCUCCUAUACUUACCUCUCUCUGGGCUUCUAUUUCAACCGUGAUGAUGUGGCUUCCCAGGGUGUGGGCCACUUCUUCCGAGUGUUGGAGGAGAAGAAGUUCAAGGGCGCUGAGCUUCUUUUUAAGAUGCAAAACCAGCGAGGUGGCCGCAUUGUUCUCCAUGAUGUGAAGAAGCCUUCCCACCAUGAGUGGGGCAAAACUCAGGACGCCAUGGAAGCUGCCCUGGCCUUGGAGAAGAACCUGAACCAGGCCCUUUUGAAGCUGCAUGCCCUGGGUUCUGCCCAUGAAGACCCUCAUCUCUCUAACUUCCUGGAGAAACACUUCCUAGAUGAGGAGGUGAAACUCAUCAAGAAGAUGGGCGACCAGCUGACUAACCUCCGCAGACUGGCCAGCUCCCAGGCUGGGCUGGACAGCCCCCAGGCUGGGCUGGGCGAGUAUCUCUUUGAAAGGCUCACCCUCAAGCACCACUCGAAGCCUUUGGAACCCAGAGGCCUUUGAGAGGCCCCUCUGCAUUCCCCUGGUGUCUGGCUUUUACCUGAGCCUCUCCCUGAAACCACUAGCCAUUCUUUUAACCACCCUGAAGCCCUCUCCCAUGCAUUGGACCAAAUGGAAACAAUAAAAAGCUUUUUGCAUCAAAGAAAACGAAAAAAGAAAAAUAAUUUAAUUUUUUGGCCCUGGCCAGGUAGCUCAGUUGGUUAGAGCAUCCUUCCAAUAUGUGAACAUUGAGUGUUGGAUCCCUGGUCAAGGCACAUACAAGAAACAACCAGUGAAUGCGUACAUAGAUGGGACAACAAAUCAAUGCUUCUCUCUUUCUCUCCCUUCUUCUCUAAAAUCAAUCAAUAAAU